UCCAAUGGGAAGGCAGAGUGGGGAAUGUCCAGCCAAUGAAUCGGCGGGAAGGGGAACGGGACUGGGGGCGGGGCUCAGUGGCGCUCGCCGCGGGGCGAAGCGGGGACCGGUCUGGUUCGGCUCCGCUCGGCUCCGUUCGGCCCCGCUCGGCCAUGGCGAAGCGGGCCGCGGUCCCCGCCGGGCCCCUCGGGGACGAUUUCUCCUUCGUGAGCCCGGUGGCCAAAUGAUCUCCAUGGUGAUGGUGGCCGUGGGGGUGUACGCCCGGCUGCUGAAGCACGCAGAAGCGGCCAUGGCGUGCCUGGCAGUGGACCCUGCCAUCCUCCUCAUCGUGGUGGGCGUCCUCACCUUCCUCAUCACCUUCUGCGGCUGCGUCGGCUCCCUGCGGGAGAACAUCUGCCUGCUGCAGAUGUUCUCCGUCUGCCUGACCAUCAUCUUCCUCCUGCAGCUGGCGGCCGGCGUGCUGGGCUUUGUGUUCUCUGAUAAGGCCCGCGGGAAGGUCAGCGAGAUCAUCAAUGGGGCCAUCGUGCAUUACCGGGAUGACCUGGACCUGCAGAACCUCAUCGAUUUCGGGCAGAAGGAGUUCAGCUGCUGCGGGGGUGUCUCCUACAAGGACUGGUCCCAGAACAUGUACUUCAACUGCACGGCCGCCAACCCCAGCCGUGAGCGCUGCUCUGUGCCCUUCUCCUGCUGCCUGCACGACACUGACCAGGCUGUCAUCAACACCAUGUGUGGCCACGGGAUGCAGGCCAGGGGCUACCUGGAGGCCAGUGCCUUCAUCCACACCAACGGCUGCAUCGACAAGCUGGUCAACUGGACCCACAGCAACCUCUUCCUGCUGGGGGGCAUCACCCUGGGGCUGGCCCUGCCCCAGCUGGUGGGCAUCGUCCUGGCGCGGCUCCUCAUCAACCAGAUCCGCGACCAGAUCAAGCUGCAGCUCUACAACCAGCAGCACCGGGCAGACCCCUGGUCCUGAGCCCGCACCGUCCCCGCGGCACGGCGGCGCUCCGGGGCCAUUCCCGAUGCCCGGAUCCGCGGGGACAGCCCGAGGGGCUCCGCUGGAGGAGAGGGAACGCGGAUCGGCGGUGGCCGCACAGGAGACUCCGUGCCUUUGGCAGCCGGUGCUGAGCUCGGCCUGGAGGGGCUCUGCUGAAGCAGCGCCGGCGAAUCGCUGUCUGUCUGUCUGUCCGUCCGUCCUGCUGGCGCACAAAGCUUCGCACUGGGAUGUGCUUCCCCUCCCCGCGUGUGCUGGAGAAGGACGUUUGUCUGUCUGUCUGUCUGUCUGUCUGUCUGUCUGCCUGCCCGUGCACCGAGCUGCCUUCGCCCAGGCCGGGCUGCGGGACCGGGGACAUUCCCCCCCGUGGCCGGGAGUCCGUCUCGGUGUCCCUGGCCGCGGGGACAGCCGAGGGCACAGCAGGGCUGACCCAGGCCCAGCCGAGGUGCCGGGCUGUGCCCAUUCCUUGGCUUUCCCGGACAAUAAAGACACGAGGCCGGACGCUCCGAGCUGUGCCAGGCUGCGCAGGCGGGGGACACCGCGGUGGCUCUGGGGGCGGACAGAGGCCGCGCCAGGCCCUGGGCUCUUGUGAGACCCCAAAACGAGGAGGGAACGCGGCUGAGGGCCUGGCCCGGCCCCUCGGAGCUGUCGCAAACCCGUGGGUGGAGUUCUUCGGGGUUGGGUUUUUAGGUUUUGGGUUUUUUUCUUUUAAUUUUCCCCUCAGCUCGGGCUGGGUGGUCCCUCCCGCGGAGGGAGCCGGGAUGCGGCCCAGCGCCCGGCUCUUUGUGUGCGGCCGGGAGGCUUCUCUCCCAUAAAAAAACCUUUUUUUUGGCUUUUUUCCCCCUCAAAAUCCGCCUCAUCCCCCCGCCGAAAUGUGAUUUCUUCUCCCAAAAGUGAUUGCCUCUCCGAGCAAUGGCACCUCCCCGCAAAAAGCGUGAUUUUUUCCCCCUCCAAAACUCACUUUUUUUUCUCAAAACUUCCCCUCUGAAGAGCUACUUCUCGCCCCGAAAAAGCAAGUUUACUCCAAGACGUAGCUGCUCUCCAAAAAAAUGACUUUUCCCCCUCAAAAACCCCAUCUUUUCUCCCCAAAAGCAACUUUUCUUCCCCCUAAAGGGACUUGUCCCCAAAAAAACAACUUUUCUUUACCCAAAAGUGUCUUUUGUCCCCCCCAAACUGAUUCCCCCCCAAAAAUUAACUUAGCCCUAAAAAAAGAACUUUCCUCCACAAAAAUCAAGUUUUCUCCCCCAAAAUUAUCUUUUCUCUCCUAAAAUUGAUUUUUUCCUGAAAAGAGUACCCCCCAAAAAAGAAACUUUUUUUCCCCAGAAAAAGUGUAUUUUGUCCCAAAAAAGUAAGUUUUUUCUCCCCAAAAAGUAACUCUUCCCUUUAAAAAGUAACUUUUCUUCUCCCAAAAGUGGCUUCUUUCCCCACAAAGGCAACUUUUCACCUCCAAAAAGUAACUCUUUACUCACAAAGGCCUUUUCAUCAGAAGGACAUUUUAUUUGAAAGAAAAAAAAAAGGAUCUUUUCCUCACAAGAAGGAAAUUUUCCUUCACAAAAUUGGUAUUUUCCUCAUGUAAAGUGAUGUUUUUGUCACAAAAGAGACUUUUUCCUUCAAAAAUUGGACCUUUUCUUCAUAAGAAUAAACUUUUCCCUCACAAA